AUGGUGCGUGAUGCUGAGCUAAGAGGCUCAGGACUGUCACACCCUGCUGGCCUGGACGACAUAUCUGAGGGGCGCAACGUCUCCAUAGAAACAGCCAGCUUGGAUGUAUAUGCAAAGUAUGUUCUGAAGACGAUCUGCCAGCAGGAAUGGGUUGGAGAGCGCUGCCUCAAGUCUCUGUCGGAGGACAGCAGUGCCCUCCAGGACCCGGUUCUGGUGAACAUUCAAGCCCAACGGCUACUGCAGCUUAUUUGCUAUCCUCAUCGCCAGCUGGACAGUGAUGAUGGUGACAACCCUCAGAGGCAGCGCAUCAAACGCAUCCUACAGAACAUGGACCAAUGGACAAUGAGACAGUCAUCCCUGGAGCUGCAGCUGAUGAUCAAACAGAGCACUAACAAUGAGCUCUACUCGCUCUUGGAGAACAUAGCCAAGGCCACCAUAGAGGUGUUCCAGAAAUCAGCUGAGAUGAACUCCAAUAACCCCUCAGUGAAUGGAGCAGCGGCACAAGGUGGCUCCGCAUCCAACAACAACAACAGCACCACGAGCAAGAUGAAGCCGAUUUUAAGCUCAUCCGAGCGGUCAGGUGUGUGGCUGGUGGCUCCGUUGAUCGCCAAGCUGCCCACUUCAGUGCAGGGCCAUGUGCUGAAGGCAGCGGGAGAGGAGCUGGAGAAGGGACAGCACCUGGGCUCCUCCUCACGCAAGGAGAGGGACAGGCAGAAGCAGAAAAGUAUGUCUCUGCUGAGCCAGCAGCCAUUCUUGUCUUUGGUGCUGACCUGCCUUAAGGGGCAGGAUGAACAGAGGGAAGGCCUUCUCACCUCCCUCUACAGCCAAGUGCAGCAGAUUGUCACCAACUGGAGAGAAGACCAGUACCAGGACGACUGCAAGGCGAAGCAAAUGAUGCACGAGGCUCUGAAACUACGACUGAAUCUUGUGGGUGGCAUGUUUGACACGGUGCAGCGCAGCACCCAGCAGACCACUGAGUGGGCGGUACUACUCCUCGACAUCAUCAGCAGCGGCACGGUGGACAUGCAGUCCAAUAACGAGCUCUUCACAACAGUUUUGGACAUGUUGAGUGUGCUGAUUAACGGCACGCUGGCUGCUGACAUGUCCAGUAUCUCUCAGGGCAGCAUGGAGGAGAAUAAAAGAGCGUAUAUGAACCUGGUGAAGAAGCUCAGGAAAGAGCUCGGGGAUCGGCAGUCGGAAAGUUUGGAAAAGGUCCGCCAGCUUCUGCCACUGCCCAAGCAAACCCGGGAUGUCAUAACCUGUGAACCUCAGGGCUCACUGAUAGACACGAAGGGUAACAAGAUCGCUGGAUUUGAGAAGGAGGGCCUUCAAGUAUCAACCAAACAGAAGAUUUCUCCCUGGGAUGUCUUUGAGGGUCUCAAACACUCGGCCCCUCUCUCCUGGGGCUGGUUUGGUACGGUGCGCGUGGACCGCAAGGUCACCAAAUUCGAAGAGCAGCAGCGUUUCCUUCUCUACCACACCCACCUGAAGCCCAAACCUCGUAGCUAUUACCUGGAGCCGCUGCCCCUGCCCCCUGAAGAGGAGGAGCCCCUGACUCCCGUCUCCCACGAACAAGAGAAGAAGAUGAUCGAGCCGGUGAAGCCGGAGAAGAGCGUGCCCACCGUGCCCACUGACUCAAACAAGAAGAAGUCCAACAAGAAGAAGAAAACUCCAGCAAAGACAGAGGACUAUGUGAACCGUACACCAGGCAGUGUGACCUAUGGGACUAAUAUGCCUCCUGACCUGAUGCAGAACCACCCAUAUGGCAGGCUACCUUACAGCCAGCAGACCAUGAGCAUGUACACACAGAACCAGCCUCUACCUCCAGGAGGUCCAGGUUUAGAACCUCCAUACAGACCUGUGCGCAACCCACCGAUGAACAAAAUGAUGCCCACUCGGCCCAACUACCCAGGCAUGAUGCCGGGUAUGCAGGGGAGCAUGCCGGGCAUGAUGGGACUGGACAAGCAAUACCCAAUGGGUUAUAAGCCCCAGCCUACCAUGCCACAGGGCCAGAUACUGCGGCAGCAGCUACAGGUCAGACUGAAUCAGAGCAUGAUAGGGCAGCAGAUAAGACAAAUAACACCUAACCAACCGUAUACGUCAAUGCAGGCAUCUCAGAACAUAUCUCAGGGCUAUACCACAUACGGAUCACACAUGGGGAUGCAGCAGCAUCCGUCCCAAGGUGGUGGUAUAGUUCCUCCCUCCUAUGGGAACCAGAACUUCCAGGGCACCCAUCCUGGAACCAACCCAUCUGUGGUGGAUCCUCUUCGGCAAAUGCAGCAAAGGCCCAGUGGUUACGUUCACCAGCAGGCUCCAGGCUACGCACACAAUAUGCAGAACACACAGAGGUUUGCCCACCAGCCCAUCCAGCAGAAUGCCAUCAUGCACAGUCUCAGUCACAUGGGAGCCCAAGGCGUCCAUCCCGGCCUGAGGCCCAAUCAGAUGCUGGCAGAACAACAGCAGCAGCAGCAGCAGCAGCAGCAACAGCAGCAGCAGCAGCAGCAGCAGCAGCAGUACCUCAGACAACAAGCACUCAGACAGCAGCAGGCCCAACAAGUUCAACAACAGCAGCAGCAACAACAACAACAGCAGCAGCAACAACAACAGGUCCAGCCCCAGCAGGUUCCUCCUCAACAACAAGUUCCACAGCAGCAGCAGCAGCAGCAGCAGGUGUCAGCGGUGCCGCCACCAGGACAGCAACAGAACCAGGGCCUGGGCAUGCAGCCGCUGCCCCCACAGCAACCCAUGUUCCCACGCCAGGGAAUGCAACAGACUCAACAGCAGCAGCAGACUGCAGCUCUGGUCAGACAGCUGCAACAACAACUUUCAAAUACACAACCAGGACAGGGCACCAACUCAUAUUACUGAUCGUGCUUGUUCUUAGUAGUGUGUGAAGAAUAGUCCCCUCGUUAUGUGGCGAGGCCCAGCUCUGUAGAUUGGCAGAUGAAUGUGUCCAGUCCCGUGUAGGCCGAUAGGAGGGGAGACUGUUCUAGGCACAAAGGACCACCAAACCGAUGAACCAAAUUCCAUCUCGACCACUGAGGCGACGAUCAGAAAAUAUCUUGACUUCAGUCCUGUAAUUAUGGAUUAUCGAAGAAGAGGGAUCCUGCUCUGAAGUAAACAGAUAAUGGUUAAUAAUGGAAAAGUCUAUGUAAAAAAGUACCAGAAAUUAUAAGAAUAAUGCAAUUUUUUUUAUUUUAUUUCAAUUUGUACAAUUUUUUCAGUUUCGUGUAUUUCUCAUUAAAAAAAUCAUGUCAGUUUUUA